AUGUGGACUCCUGUAGAACUCCCAUAUUUCCGCGAUACAUAUGGCUUACCCGCACCACUCCCUACUACAGAUGAGAUCAUGGCGUCCAUGACACUUCUUAAAGAUCGCCUUGGACAGAAGAUGUUACGAGUUGGCCAGCAUUUUGUUGUCAAAUAUGGCCAGGACACAAGUGAAGUAGAGGGACACAAUCUUCUGUUUGUUGAGCAUAACUUGCACAACAUUGUCUGCGCGCCACGGCUCUAUGCCAUGUAUCGGGAUGCGGAUGAUAGAUUGUUCCUUAUUAUGAAGUUCCUCGAAGGAGAAUAUUUGGACGGACUUUGGAAAGCGCUCUCUGAUGAUGAGAAGUCGCAUAUUAUGUCCAGGUUAAAGGACAUGUUCGCGGGAUGCACUCUCUACCUUCGCCUGGUUUCUACGGCAGCGUUGACAAAGGCUCCGGCAAACUCCGUAGCAUUUAUACCUACAACAAAAAAAUACAGCUACAAGUCCGAUUUCUACGAGCGCCACCUCUCUCGUGUACUCUCAGGCCACCGACCAUUUUCGCACUCUGAGAACUAUAGAAAGAAUAUCAUGAUUCACAAAACUAACAAACAUACCCCAGAGAAGUGCGAUUAUAUUGUUGCACUGGUGGACUGGGAAUACGCAGGCUGGUAUCCAAGUUACUGGGACUAUGCGAUUUCAUUUACACAUUUUCAUUGGGACGACGAUUGGCCAGAAAGAUUCGAGAGCUUUUUAGAACCUUGGCCUGCUGAGGCAGCUCUGGUGAGAAUGUUCUACCAGGAAAUAUUCUUUUAG